ACUUGUACUGUACAGUGUGUUAUUUAGCGAUGCUGAGAUUAUAGCGUCCGACGAGACACUCCUCCGCUCACAGGUCUAUGAAGUGCUCUGCAACUUUGAAAAUGUCUUAAAGCAAGCCGAUAGAUGACCAAAGCCUGUUUCGAGGUAGAAUUUAGGCGUAAUAGAAAUACUAAAGUAGAUUCAGCAGCUUUCAUUCAGCGACCAUUAUGUUGCCUUGGAAGAAGAACAAGUUCGAGCUGAUUGAGGAAGACAAGCAGCAGUCCAAGCAGAAGGGCUAUGCCGUGAGCCUCAACUACUCGGCGCUCACCUCCUUCGCCAAAUCCUGCCCGGAAAGCGCACUCAACAGAGUCGGAAGCAUGUUCAAAUCCAAGAGGAAAAAGGUGAAGAUCACCAGCGAGGACCCUACGUAUACAGUCCUGUACCUGGGGAAUGCCACCACCAUCCAGUCCAAGGGGGACGGAUGCACGGACGUGGCCGUCAGCAAGAUCUGGGGCAAAAGCGAGAUGGGAAAGAACGGGACCAAGAUGAAGCUGACCAUCAGCUCGCAGGGCAUCCGCAUGGUGCACGUCGACGAAAAGGCGAAGAGACCGGGACACCUGUAUUUAUUGCACAGGAUCACCUACUGCGUCGCAGACCCCCGGCUCCCCAAAAUAUUCGCCUGGAUCUACCGGCACGAGAUGAAGCACAAGGCGGUGAUGCUGCGCUGCCACGCCGUGCUGGUCUCCAAGCCGGAGAAGGCGAAGGCCAUGGCGCUGCUCCUCUACCAGACCUCCGCGACAGCGCUGGCCGAGUUUAAAAGACUCAAAAGAAGGGACGACGCCAGGCACCAGCAACAGCAGUUGAUCGGGGAGCAAACGAUUCCCCUGGUGCCCCUGAGGAAGCUGCUAAACGGACAGUGUUACUAUAAACCCCCGGUGGAGCGCAGCAGGAGCGCACCCAAGCUGGGCUCCAUCACGGAGGACCUGCUCGGGGAGGAGGAAGAGGAGAAAGCCAUGCACUUUGAGUGCGAGGAUAUUCUGGACACCGACAGCGACUGUGUGGCCAACGGCAAGCAAGAACUCUGUCAGAUUAUUAAUGACUUGGGCUCCAUGAGCAUAGGGAACGACGUGCAGACGCUAAAAGCCGAUUUGAGGGUGACUCGCCUGCUGUCCGGGGAGAGCACCAGCAGCGAGUCCUCCAUAGACAGCAACCAAGAGCCCAUUUCUAUUCCCAACGGCAUUGUGGAUGGGAAAAUGCAAGAAGUCGGCUGACUUCUCUUGAAUUUAAAGACAAUCUAGCCAGCGAUGACAAGCGAUGCUUCACGAGGGUGCAUGAAUGUGCCAUUUCAUCCACUUUGACUUGAAAGCGCGCUGUUGGGAUUCACGGGAUGUGUUUUAAAACCUAGUGAGCUGCCUAUCCAGACAUCACGUUUGGGCUGAAACCGCUGCACACUGGAAAAAAGUUUAGUGAAAUUUCAUUGCCGCCUUAAGUAAAAUCCAAGUGGUGCCAAAGUUACAACAUGCACUUUUCUGAUAAAAAAACGUAAGAUUAAAAGUAGAAAUGGAGGCUGAUGACAAAAUGAUGUCUAGGUAGGCAGCUCACUAGGUGUUAAGACACAAGCCAUGGAGAUAUUGUGGACUUAACAGACACUCGCACAAUAAUCCCUCAUUAGGGGUCUGGAUGGAAGCACCAGAGUUGCUCUGCGCAAUAAGACGCUUAAUGUCUCUGCUUAACCUCUCUAUGGUGUAAGAGGUUUUAGGAAUGAUCUUGUUUACCUAAUAAGUUUCCCUCAUGGAAAUGCUUUUCUUUUCUUUUUUUUUUUCUUUUCUUCUUUUUGUUGAGAAAACAGUCCGAAAUACGUAACUCAGUCUUUCUUUCUCUCUUUCUUUCGAAAGAAGUGGUGUCUAAACUAACUGAACAAUGAGUUACAAAACUACUUUCCUUUCAGGAUGUUCCUUUUUUUUAUUUUGCACUGUGGUGGAAUUCAGAGAAGUAUUAUGUUAUUAUUUAUGUGCAUAAUAUUGUUUUGCUCUAAAUGUUCUUACAGACAUGUUUUAUCUUUGCUGUGCAAAAGAGACCGUUUUCCUGAUGUACAGAGAUGUAUAUAAUGUAAACAAAAUGCAUUAUUUUUUAAACAAUGUGGUUUGUUUCUGUGAACACCAAUAAAAAUGUAAAAUUGA